AAUUAAAAUUAAAUAUCAUAAUUUUAAAUUAAUUUUUUGAAUCCCUUUGAAUAAUAAAAAUGAAAUUGUUGAUUUUUGCUUUAUUCUUGAGUUCACUGGUUAUUUCUGUUUUCUCUCAAGAACAACCAGUAGAUUUAGGUGCAGUUACUGUUCCAUAUAAGACCGCAAAAGUUCCUCCAAAUAAUGGUACUUGGAAAUUCUGUAGUGAUACGUCGACAAAAUAUGUUAGUUAUAGUGUUAGAAUAGUACCAGAUUCAACGCCAAUUACUCCAGGUUUUGGAAUCGCAACACCAGGAAAAAUUCCAUCUACAUUGGGUGCUGGUAAAGGAAUUUCGGCUCAGUUGGAAAGCCCUUCUGGUUUUAGUUUUAUUGAUUCAUUAUCAUGUCAUGAAAAAAUUGUUACGGUAUGUGAUCAAGAUACGGGGGAUAUUCCUAUAGGUACUGCUGCGAAAUAUUGUUUAUCGGUAACAAAUCCUUUCUCAAAUCCACAAACAAUAAAUGUCGCAUUUUCGGGUAGUGAUACUGUAUUUGAAAAAGGCGGAUUUACGAGUCCAAAUAAAUCUGGUGGUAAUAAUAAACCAUUCAGCAGUGCUUCAAUAAUUUCAUCGAAUAUUUAUUUGAUGUUUACUUGUUUAAUAUUAUACUUCCUUAUUUAAAUUUUUAAAUUUAAUAAUUAUACAUAUUCAUAUUAGAUUAAAAUAUAUGAUUUAAAUAUUCAAAAUAAUCAAUUG